AUGAGUGUUGCAGUCAUUCCAAGGUUUCAACGCUAUGUGAUGCUUGUCGGUCGGAUAAUUAUGGGAAUUGGUGCAGUAGUUACACCGUUACUACGAUCUUACGCAAUUAUGGCUAGUUCGAUCAGCGAUAGACCGCGUGCUAUUGCGGAAAUCAUAGGAGCGCGUGCGCUAGGAGUGGCAAUCGGACCAAGUUUUUUGAAUAAUUUUUUGGAUUGUUAUAAUCUCGAAAUUCGGAUCGCUCCAAUUUAUUCAGCAACUAUGUUUAAUUGGACAAGAUCUGAAUUAACAUUAUACACAUCAAUUGCACUUUCCGCCUUUGGUAUAGUUGCCACUUUUAUUUAUUUUGGCUAUAAAGCUUGCAAAAUGGAUAGAUGGAUCGACCAAAGAAUUGCCUUUAUUGUUGGAAUUUUUGCAAUUAUUCUUUUCUUUCUAAUAACAUUUCCAUGGUGGGGAUUAAAAAAGAAAAUUAUUUAUCAGCAAGAAAUCAUAUGGAUUAAUGGCACAGAAACGCAAAAUCCAGAUCCAUCUGGUUGCAAACGUAGCUUUAAGUGGUGCGAAUAUACACCUGCAGUGGAUCCACUCGUAUAUAAUAUCGGAUUUGUUGUAUUAAUUGGUACUGCAUUUCCUAUACUCGAUAUAAGUUUGAACACGAUCUAUUCAACAAUUAUUGGACCUCGGCACCAAAGCGUAAAACAAGGAUUAAUGGCAUUAUUUGGGUCGUGGGCUCGAUUUACCGGUCCAGUAAUCCUUCCGAGCAUCUUCACUUUGUAUGGGCCGAGAAUUGUUUGGUUAUUUAAUAUCGUAGUUGCUGGAGCUUCAUUAGUUUUAUGGAUUGCUUUCUAUAAAAAAUUGGUGCCGUGCAAAGAUGUAACGAAACUUUCUCGAGGUGAUGUCGUUCGCACCAAAUUUGGAUAUAUCUAUAGGCUUUGA